AUGAUCUUUAUUGACAAUAACAACAUCAAAGCGGCUGAGGAGAAACAACGACAAAUACCACCGAAAAAUCUUAAACUCUUUGAACUGCUUGAUGUGGACACAAAGACAUUUACUACAGAGGAUAAAUUAUCAACUAUAACAGAAACAAAACAAAAUGAUUUGUCGAAAGAUGGUGAAAAUAAAACGACGACAAUAAAGCGCAAAAUAGUGGAAGAGCAUGCAAAAGGCGUAACUCAAACUCAGCAGGAUGACAUAAAAAAGCGGAGGACGUCAGAGGAGGAGAAGCAAUGCACAGAUGAAAUUGUGAUAAAUAGUCAAGAUGAGGCAUUAAAAUAUGUGACAGCGUUGCAGGAAUAUGCUUUAAUGAAUGAAAACUUUCGAGCAACGGGACUUUUGGUAGAAGUUGAAAAGUCAUUCAAAAAUCCAGCCAUUAGUUCCGACUUCGAGGUGUAGAAUAAGUAAUUUGAAUAAAAAAUAUUUUCAUAGAAAACUGUAAAUAAAU